ACGCCGGCGGCGGGGACAGCGGCAGCUGCGGCGCGACCAGGCCGGGCAGGGAGGAGCGCACCGAAAGCAAGAGGUCCGCGCAGCCCAGUGCAGCCAUGGAGCCCCGCGCGGACUCAUUCCAUGAUGUCCCUGUCGGUGCGGCCGCAGCGCCGCCUGCUCAGCGCCCGGGUCAGUAGGAGCCAGUCCUUCGCAGGCGUCCUCGGCAGCCACGAACGGGGCCCCAGGAGCUUCCCGGCCUUCAGUCCCCCGGGGCCCCCACGGAAGCCCCCAGCGCUCUCCCGAGUGUCCAGGAUGUUUUCUGUGGCGCACCCAGCCCCUAAGGUCCCACAGCCUGAGCGGCUGGACCUGGUGUACACUGCGCUCAAGCAGGGCCUGACGGCCUAUUUGGAAGUACACCAGCAGGAGCAGGAGAAACUCCAGGGACAGAUUAGGGAGUCCAAGAGGAAUUCCCGGCUGGGCUUCCUUUAUGACUUGGACAAGCAAGUCAAGUCCAUUGAACGCUUCCUGCGACGGUUGGAGUUCCAUGCCAGCAAGAUUGAUGAGCUGUAUGAAGCAUACUGUGUCCAGCGGCGUCUCCGGGAUGGUGCCUACAACAUGAUCCGUGCCUAUAGCACUGGGUCUCCAGGGAGUCGAGAGGCCCGGGACAGCCUGGCUGAAGCCACUCGAGGGCAUCGCGAGUACACAGAGAGCAUGUGUCUGCUGGAGAGUGAGCUGGAAGCACAGCUGGGCGAAUUCCAUCUCCGGAUGAAAGGGCUGGCUGGCUUCGCCAGGCUAUGUGUGGGGGAUCAGUAUGAGAUCUGCAUGAAAUAUGGGCGUCAACGCUGGAAACUACGGGGCAGAAUUGAGGGUAGCGGAAAGCAGGUGUGGGACAGUGAGGAAGCCGUCUUUCUUCCUCUGCUCACGGAAUUCCUGUCUAUCAAGGUGACAGAACUGAAGGGUCUGGCCAACCACGUGGUUGUAGGCAGUGUCUCCUGUGAGACCAAGGACCUGUUUGCUGCCCUGCCCCAAGUUGUGGCUGUGGACAUCAAUGACCUCGGCACCAUCAAGCUCAGCCUGGAAGUCACAUGGAGCCCCUUCGACAAGGAUGACCAGCCCUCAACUGCUUCCACUGUCAACAAGGCCUCCACAGUCACCAAGCGCUUCUCCACCUAUAGCCAGAGCCCACCAGACACACCCUCACUUCGGGAACAGGCGUUUUAUAAUAUGCUGAGGCGGCAGGAGGAGCUAGAGAAUGGGACGGCAUGGUCCCUGUCAUCCGAAUCUUCGGACGACUCAUCUAGCCCCCAGCUCUCAGGCAUUGCCCGCCACUCUUCAGCUCCCAGACCUCUGGUGCAGCAGCCUGAACCUCUGCCCAUUCAAGUCACCUUCCGUAGGCCUGAGACCCCCAUCUCUGCGCCCGUGGAUGAAGAGGGGGCUGUGGCCUCAGCCCUGGCCAAUGGCCAUGCCCCCUAUAGCCGGACUCUGAGCCACAUCAGUGAGGCCAGUGUGGAUGCUGCUUUAGCUGAGGCUUCUGUGGAGGCUCUGGGCCUAGAAAGUCUAGCCCAGGGACCUAGCCUGCCUGCACACCCAGAUCCCAUGCAUGGGGAGCAACCUGGUCCUGUCCCUCCUGCUGUGGACCCUUGCCAUUCUGCCACAAGCCCUACCCUCAGUACAACAGGCCCUGUCCGCAUAUCUACAGACCCUGCCUUGUCUGCACACCUAGGCUUGGUUCACAAACUCACAGACUCUAGCUGUUCUGAACUGCCAGGCCCCCCCCACACCAACACAGCAUCUACCUAUAAUGCCAUCACCCCUACCCACAGUGCUCCAAGCCUCACUCACACUACCACGGAUUCUACCCACAAGCCCAUGGUCUCUGUCCUCACCACUACAGGCCCUACCCUCAGUGCCACAGCCCCAGGCCAGACCACCACAAGUCCCACCGACAAGCCGAUGAUUUCCACUCUCACUACUGUAGGUCCUACCCCCAAUACUACAGGCCCAGUCGAGACCACUACAAGCCCCAUCCACACUACCACAAGUGUUACCCAUACUACUGCAACCCUCACCCAAACCACUAUAAGCUCCACCCACAUGACUGCAAGUCCCACCCAUGCUACCACAAGCCCCACCCACACUACCACAAGCCCCGCCCACACUGCCACAAGCCCUGCUCACAAAGCCAGUAUGUCAGCUCCCAAGGUUAAGAACCUAGUUGAGACCACUAGGAGCCCCACCCAUCCUGUCACAAGCCCCACCCUUAUAACUGUAAGCUCUUCCACUUCUUUAGACCAUGCCAUGCUUCCCAGCUCCUUGGCAAAGGCAGACGCUACCCUCCCAGGCACCAACACCCUGUCUUCUAGCUACCCAGCCUCCACUCCUUGCACUCAGGCAGACCCUGUAGCCCCCAGCACCUCCUACCCAGGCCCUGCCUGUUCCAGUUGGGAACCCCUCACAAGUCCUUCCCCAGAUUCCCCAGAACCCAUCCUUCAGAGCCCAAGUCCACCUCCCUCACCCCUAGCCCCUGUGGCCCAGCAUUUAGACCUUCGCCUGGCUGAGGCCACUCGGGCCGCAGUUCCAGGAGCAGCUGGAGGGACUGGGGAUAGGAGGCUGGAAGAGGCACUAGGGGCCCUAAUGGCUGCCCUGGAUGACUAUCGUGGCCAGUUCCCUGAGUUGCAGGGCCUGGAGCAGGAGGUGACCCGGCUGGAGAGUCUGCUCAUGCAGAAACAAGGCCUGACUCGCAGCCGGGCCUCCAGCCUUAGUAUCACUGUGGAGCAUGCCCUGGAGAGCUUCAGCUUCCUCAAUGAGGAUGAAGACGAAGACAUUGAUGGUCCUGGAGACAGGCCCUCAAACAGCCUGGAGCCUGGGGCUGAGGACAGCCUUGACUUACCCAGUGUCCGCCCCCUCAGCACAGAGUGUCCAGCUCUGGACGCUGCCUUGGUCCAGCACCUGUACCACUGCAGCCGCCUCCUGCUGAAACUGGGCACAUUUGGGCCUCUGCGCUGCCAGGAGGCAUGGGCCCUGGAGCGGCUGCUGAGGGAAGCCAGAGUGCUGGAGGCCGUAUGUGAGCUUAGCAGGCGAUGGGAAACCCCUGCCACCUCUUCCCAGGAAGUCGUGCAGUUCUCAGCCUCUCGGCCCGGCUUCCUGACCUUCUGGGACCAGUGCACAGAGGGACUCAGCCCCUUCAUCUGCCCUGUGGAGCGAGUGCUCCUCACCUUCUGCAAUCAGUACAGUGCCCGUCUCUCCCUGCGCCAGCCAGGCCUAGCUGAGGCUGUGUGUGUCAAGUUCCUGGAGGAUGCCCUGGGGCAGAGGCUGCCCAGGAGGCCCCAGACAGGCUCUGGAGAGCAGUUCACCAUCUUCCAGUUCUGGAGUUAUGUCGAAGCCUUGGACAGUCCCUCUAUGGAGGCCUAUGUGACUGAGACCGCCGAGGAGGUGUUACUGGUGCGGAAUUUGAAUUCAGAUGACCAAGCUGUGGUGCUGAAGGCCCUGAGGUUGGCGCCUGAAGGGCGGCUGCAAAGGGAUGGGCUUCGGGCCCUCAGCUCACUGCUUGUCCAUGGCAACAACAAGGUCAUGGCUGCUGUCAGCACCCAGCUCCGGAGUCUGUCCCUGGGCCCUGUCUUUAGGGAAAGGGCCCUACUGUGCUUCCUGGACCAACUGGAGGAUGAGGAUGUACAGACAAGAGUGGCUGGUUGCCUGGCCCUGGGCUGCAUCAAGGGGAAGAGGGACAGUCUGCCCAUCGACGGCUGGAGGAAUCACUGGACGCCCUGCCCCGCAUCUUUGGGCCUGGCAGCAUGGCCAGCACAGCAUUCUAAAUUUCCUACCCACUGGCUUCCAGUGCCCCUUCCCCUCACUUUCAGGGCUCACCAGGCACUGGCAGGGAGGGUGAGGGCUGGCUCCAGACACCUCUCCCCCAUAGAUACCUAUCAAUGAAAAUCUAAUAUAUUCUCUGUUGCCCUUGGGUUGGUAGAGUCAGUGCCUGCAGUCAAGUGCUGCCCAGCCUCGGCUCAGCACACUUGCCACAAAUCAGUGUCCUGCCACAUCCCUUGGUUUUAUAUUUUAUUUACAGAGUUUUACAGAAAAUAAAAAAGCAAAACGCCUUUCCUA